UUGCGUCAAAAGAUAAUGAAUUUUUUCAACGUGGCAUUUGUAUGCUGCCUGAAAGGUGGGCAAAGGUGGUAGAAAACAAAUACUUCGAUUAACAGGUACGACGAUAAUGCAGGAACUCAUAUGGCUGGUGGCGAAUGACAUGAAUUUCGACGAAGCACAUCGAAAAUAUUUAGUAGAGAGAUUUCCCUUUAUAGAAUUAACACCGCUGGUAGAUAUCACAAUGAAAGACAUUCCUGGUAAGGCCACGGAGCAAAAUAGCGUCGAAUUCGUGCGGAAUCAGCCUUCACCGCGUUUCAUUAAAAGUCACAUGCCUCUCGAAUUACUACCGACAGUCGUAAAUAGCACUUGCAAGAUUAUUUAUGUUGCAAGAAAUCCAAGAGACGUGGUAGUUUCCUAUUAUCAUUUUCAGAAAACCUUGAAACGUUCCGAUUUUCACGGAACUUUUGAACAGUUCUGUAAUAAUUUCAUGAAUAAUCACUUGCAUUGGAGUCCAUAUUGGGAACAUGUGAAGGAAGCUUGGGCGAUGAGACACAGAGCAAAUAUGAUGUUUUUCUUUUACGAAGAUCUCAUAAAGGAUUUAUCUGGCAACAUAAGAAAAAUAGCCGCAUUCUUCGAUAAAACAUAUAGCGAUGAACAAAUUGCUAAGUUAGUGGAGCAUUUAAAAAUAGAGAAUUUCCGCAAGAAUCCUAUGAUAAAUCAGCCGGCCAGAUCCGAUGUGAUGCAACCGAAAAUGUUCAUACGGCAAGGGAUAAUAGGUGGUUGGAAAAAAAUGUUCACUGCGGAGAUUGAAGAGAGAUUUAACAAAUGGAUAACUGACAAUUUAAAGGAUACGGAUUUGGCAUUUCCAAGUUAGAUUUGUCACACGAUAUAAGCAAUUGCAAUUUAUAAAAGAUAUGGGUUUGGCUUUUCCAAGUAAGAUUUGUUACACGAUUGAUUUAAGGAAUUGCAAUUUGUAUAUGAUUUCUGAUCAAUUAUGUUUUGUUGGGAAUUCAAUUUCCCGCUCCUGCCGAUCUAUCGAUGAUCGAUCCAUAUCUGUAUAAUCGAGAGUUUGUUACGUCUUUCUUUGUCUUAAUAAUAAUUUCUUUGUUUGUUCGUUAGAUACGCACGUUUUCUGUGGACCGGGUUUUCUUUUUCAAGUUGAUAAGAUAUUCGCACAUUAGAUUGUCUAUACGUUCCAGACCAAAUAUUAAACUACAUAAGAGAUUUCUUUUAUUGUAUCUACAAUCUGAAUAAAUAGCGUUCUUAUACCAAUAGCCUGUCUCAUUCCGCUGCCGCCCCAA